UCUGUCAAUUAACCGCUGUCGCUUCGACAAGUCGCCGGUAGACUUUGGGGUAGGAUAUCAGACAUCCUGUUUCCUGUUGAAUUUUGCGGGCGUUGGACGUUCCUCGAUUUGGGCAUCGAGCUCGAGUAGGUUCAUUCGGUGCAGGGAAUAUUUGCGGAUCAAAAUGUUGAUCGGACUCGUCAGGGAAUCGGUUAUGCAGUGCUUCUGCCAUACGUGCCGGGCACCAUUACCAGUUGCCGCUCAUAGAACACAUAUCCCAAUAACAAAAGUGAAGACGAAAUCAAGAACAGCAUUGAUACAACAACCAAAAAGGACUCAAUUUGUGGCAACCGAAGUACGGUGUCAGGAAAAAACAAGAGGUGGUUUGCGGUAUGAGGUGAUUUUGGGCGAGCCGGAGGUCAAAAUCAGUCCUCCAAAGAAACUGUUUCCAUCUAAAGGAACUUUGUCUGUUCAGGAUAUCAAAGAUAAACUGAAAGCCGCGGAAGAACGUAGACAGCAACUGGAGUAUAAUAAAAUGUCUGCACUGUCUGCAAAGAUCCUGAAAAUUGAAGAAGCGAGCCGUAAGAAAAACGAACAAACCAGUGAUUUCAUAUCAACAACACGUGAUGCUCUAGAACAGAAAAUGGAAAUCCACGAGGAGAAAAGGGAAGCCUACAUAACUGAUUUGAAAUCCAAGCUCAAGGAUCACAUUGAAAAUGUAGAGAAAACACGGCUGACACUCGAGCAGCAAACAGACGAGGUGAGGACAGCGAUUGAAGAAAAGUUGAAGUCUGCUUCUCAACAAAGAAAUGAUAACAUCAAGAAGAUGUUGGAUCGUUUGAAGGAGCAUGAAAAACAGAUUGAGAAUGUACGUGUCCAAAAUAUCAUCAAACUCCAACAGUUGGAUAAUACUAUCCACGAUAAGUUGGUCCAGGCUCAAAUUAGGAAAGAACAAAUCGAACAAGAGCAGAAGAAUAAACUGAGGAGUCUCGAGAAACGAGCUGAAAUUGUUCGCCAGAACAAAGCCAACAUGAUCGUCAACAAGAUGGUCCCAUCUUCUGGUUAGAAAUUGAAAUUGUAGUUUGGAUCCCACCCAAUAUCAUUGCUUAUACUAAAUUCACUCUAACCCAAGUUUUGCUUUGAGGUGUCCUCUUGGUGAAGGUGUUUUCCUUUCUAUAGUCUGAAACACAUUGUAAAUCAAGUAUUCGAACCCUUGACUCUUGAGAUGCUCAAUAUUAUGACCCUUGAAUUUAUUUUCUUACCAGGUACGUCGAUAGCGAAAUGCUAUACUUUCAGUGUGACUCGGACUAUUGGGUCAACACAAUUUUUGUAAUCUUUACUUAUUCUUGAAACGGAAUGUUUAUUUUUAGAUAGGAGAAAUAUAUUAUAAUUGAUAUGUUCCAAAAUGACCAGCUAGCUUUAGCAGAGUGUGGAUAAACCAACUGAGCUUUCGAUAAUUUAACGCACUUCUCCACUUACAUUGGGUUCAAAUUAUGGUUUUGAUGAAUUUGCAAAAUUACACCUACUUUGCAUUACAUUCAAAAAUGAACAAAUGAAUGAUAUGAUGAUUUUGAGGGCACACAUAUGUAUACCAUAUUGAAGUAGAUUGUAGAAAUAUCUUUGUAGUAAUUCACUGCAAGGAUCGCUCUUUUUUAGAAUUGGAUCCAAACAAUCAUAACUCUUAAACAGGAGUUUACUCAAAUGAAUGAAAAGCUCUUAAUUGAGAAGUUUGGUUCCCAACCUGUGUGUGGAUCUAUUACAUUAUUCUGAUCUACUCCUUGUCCUAACACUACUUGGUCAAUAUGGCUACUUACCAUAUUUGGUCACUAUGACCAAAUAUUUCUUCAAUCACAAUCAAUUUGUUGUUCAAUCAAGUGAUUGCAGUAGAACCAGAAAUUAUUUUGAAGACAUUCAUCCUUAGCUAACUAUGAAACAUUUUUUUUAAGUUCUGAAGAGGAGUGCGAUAUAUCAAAUAUAGUAUUUGUAAUAUUGAUAAUACAACCGCCUAAUGCUGCCUUUUUAUAAACUUUUGUGGUGACUGAAAAGAAGAUAUGUGCUUUUGCUGUGGAGAUUUUGGAAAAUUUUGUUCAAAAUACUUUUGGAGAAGCAAUUUUCAGAUAGUGUAACAUUAAAACAAUUUCAUGAUGAAGAAUGUAACUGCAGUUUUGUUCUAUAUGACCAUUUUCAAACUAAAACAAUACAAACUCACCAUGACACGUGUUUUGAUCACCAAGUGAUCAUCUUUAGUUUAAUCU